AUGUCCCCACUCCUCGUGAUAUGUGCUCUACUAGCACAACACACCCUAGCAUUCCCCCGUCAACACAAUGCCAACGAAAAAUCCUUGCCAGAUCUCCGCGGUAGCAGAUCUCGCAGAGAAAGCUACCAAAUCCCCAACACUGUACAAAACGGAACUAGCAAGGCUCGAUUCGACAUCCCAACGCCAACAACCACUCUCAAUGCAGACACCCUCUUCACUCUAGACGCGCCACAGGUAGAUCUAAUUAACGGCUCCGUAUUCGACUGGUGGUAUUUCGAUGUCGUCUCAGAGACAAACCCAGAUGUUUCCCUAGUCGUCACAUUCUUCACCUCAACCAUGAACGCAUUUCCAUUCCUCGAUGCAGAUGAACCAUCCAUUCUAAACGUCUGGAUCUGGGCUUCAUUCGCCAACGGAACCGUCUUUAAAGAUUCCGUUCCGGCAACUGUGGCAACUGUAACUGGCGCUGACGGCGCGGGGACUAAUAGCUCUGGCAACUGGUCUCCUACAGGAUUUAACUGGAAUGCUCUCACAGCAAAUCUAUCGCAGUAUGAGAUUACCAUCGCGUCGGAGAAACUCCAGGUCGAAGGUCGGUUCACUUUGACUUCGCGAGCACCCUAUCAUCUACCCUGUGGGAUUCAAAAAGAGCGGAGUCAACUUGAGAUCGCGCCUCAUAUUGGAUGGGUUAAUCUCGUUCCCGAUGCCGUGGGUGAGGUUGAUAUGAAGAUCCAUGGGUCGACGCUCAAGUUCCGAGGACCUGGGUAUCAUGACAAAAAUUGGUCUGAUAGGCCCUUUGUAGACUCUGUCCAGAGCUGGUACUGGGGUCACGGCCGUUUAGGCCCGUACUCCAUCGUGUGGUUUAGUUACCUCGCCAUGAAUGACACAACCAACGCCACGUAUGUGAGCAGCUAUGUUGCCAAGGAUGGGAAACUGCUUGUAUCGGCUUGCGACCCCUCUAUUCUUACCGUGAGACCAACUGGUCAGCCUGGGACGACCGGUGGGCGAUAUCCGCCAUACGCGCGUGAUAUCCCGGAAGGAUUUAGAUUAGAAUAUGAUCUGGGAGAGGGGAGCGGUCGGUUGGAAGUUAAUGUUUCGGUGAGAGCGGCGGUUGCAGGAGACGAAGAAUAUUAUAUGCGAUGGACAGGUGAUAUGAUUGGGGAGGUGGUUGAGUCUGACCGACCUGAAAAAGCAGGUGGCAGUGGCCCAAAGAGAGAAAUGGGGGAACGUGACCUGCACUCAUCUUCAUCUCUUGUUGGUGUUGCAAUUUUGGAACAAUUUGUAUUAUUGGAAUAG